UAACAAAACACAAUGAAAAAAAAAAGCCAUAGAUUGUGUUCUUGUUAUGAUAUGAUAUGAUAUCAAACAAGAAAUAAAUCUCUCUCUCUCUUUCUCACACCUACUUACUCUCACUACUUGCUAUAGCUACCAUGGGAGAAAAAGAAAAAGAAAAAGAGAAGAACAAGAAGAACAAGAAGCAAAAACACCAACACCCCAAUAAUGAUCAAACAAUAAAGCAUCAAGAUUUCUCAUUCAAACCAAGCUCAGAGGUAAAGGGUCUAAGAUUUGGAGGCCAAUUCAUAGUGAAAUCAUUCACAAUAAGAAGAGCAAAACCAUUGGAGCUUCUCAAAGUUCUUUCAUUCCCACCAACCAAAACCAACAACAACAACAAGAACAACAAGAAUAAUAGUAACACUAAGGUUCUUCCAUUCCCAUCAACAACAUGUUUUCUUCCCACAAACUUCACAAUCUUAGCACACCAUGCUUGGCACACCCUAACACUUGGCCUAGGAACAAAGAAGUCAAAGGUUCUUGUGUUUGUGUUUGAGAAUGAAGCAAUGAAGUCACAAGUUGAUAGAACAUGGCCACAUGAGAUUGCUCUUGGUGAAGUCAACAAGAAACUCAUUAGAGGCCUUGUUGGUUCUGAGAUGGCAAGGUUCAAAUUCAGAAAAGGUUGCAUCACUUUCUAUGUCUAUGCUGUUAGGCAAAUUGGUAGCUUUGGAUUCUCUUGUUCUGAGGAUCUUAGAACUGUUCUUCAAUCUGUUGUGGAGCUUAAAGAUUUCUUGGAUCACACUGCCAUGCUUUCUAUGCCAAAUCAAAGAAGCAUUACUCAUCAGGUACCAGCAGCCAUGGCUCACUAAUUUAGGAUCUUCAUUAUUGGAAAUAUUAUUUUUGUUUAGUUUGUUAUUGUUAAUUAGUACUCUUUCUUUGGAAUUUUGGGGAGGCUUAUUAUUAUUAUUAAUAUUGAUUUAUUUGUUCAUCAUCUUGUUUGAUCUGUAUUUGUUUUAAUUUCUUUUUCUUUUUCCUCUGAUCUUUGUUGGAUUUGAGGAGAAAAUGAACUGUAAUUUUAGCAUGAUGAAUAAUUGGGUAUGUGAAAUCUGAUGAAAAUUUAUAGUGAGUCCAGAUUUGCAUUUAUUGUC